UUGUCUGGGUCCAGUACAGACACAACUGGAUUUUCAGUCAGUGUUAGGUUUUAUAUAGCUACAUAUGCAGUGUGGUGCUGUGACUUGUUGUUGCUAAACGUGCUGUAUUAGGUCCCAUCCAAGGUCAUCAUGACGAGACAGGUGACAGAAUUUUGGAAUGGUUUAAAGAGAUGGAAGCAAGACUACAUAUGGGACAAUAGGUGGAUUCAAAAGCACUAAGCAUGGUUUCUGAAGACAAUCAUCGCAACGCCCAAGCAGUCCAGCGUGCCACAGACAAGUACAUGAAGAAACACAGGAAGGGAGAGAGCACCCUCCACCUCUCUUCCCCGACCGGGGGGAGCAGAGUGACAGUGUAUGACGACUGUCAGAGGGUCACAUAUGAGGCGUUCCCAGGUGGUGCCCACCCCACGAAGAACGGUACCCGCUCCCAGGGCCCCAACGCCCUGGGCCAGGUCGGCAGCCCGAACGGCGGAGGGAAAGCGCCCUGUCCGUCGGACGGAGUCCCGAACGGCAGGGGCCAAAGAGACAUAAGAGACCAGAGAUUUCUAAAGGACUCUCUAUCCACUCUGACAUGUGACACGACCAGUCUGCCCUGCUCCGGCGCCGAGGACAACUCCACGGAGGCGCACGAGACUCUCACGGAGACCUCCACCUUGACCUUCGUGGACGCCCACACCGGCGACGAGUCGGGGGAGAUGCAUAGCAUUCUGGGAGUCGAAGUCCACGUCAAGGAGUUUGUCCUCAUCGACGACGACGACGACGGCGACAUGUCGCUGAGGGAGAAGACCGUGACGGACAUGUCCAUCAUGGAUGGCAACGCGGCCGACCUGGUGUGCGGCAGACUGCUGUCCACCUCCAGCGGCUCACUUUCCGAGAGCAAGGAAGAGAAUCUGCCCCCCCAGACCUCCCCUGUAACGGAAACAGAGACCCCAGCCAAACAGCAGCGCUGUUGUUUUUGUGCCAUACUGUGACCAUGCCCACACCACAGUACUAAGGAACUGGGGUGGAGGGCAAUUAUGUGUACGUUUUUCUUUUUUUUUUACCGCUUUUCUCUAUAGUGAUACUCUCCAUUGUUUAGUGUAGGCCUUGGUUCAUCUUGACAAAAGCACAAAUGACACACACGCACCCUCUUCUCACUUAUCUGCACUCAUUUGCACGUGUGACCUGUGUGAAUGUGAUGUCUGCUGCAGUUUAGAAGAUGUGACACGUAUGAAUGCACAGUCGUGUCAGUGGUAUAUGUGAAUAUAGUGCAUGCAUGUAGUGAAUAAAUCACUUGAACUCCAAAUUAUUUGAAUUACGUCAAGAACACAUCACAGGGUUUCAGUGGGUGAGUAAACACAUAACAAUUAAUUAAUACGAUUAUGUUUGCUAAUAUUAACAGUAAUUAACACUCUGGGUUAAAAACCACACAAAAGUUUUGUUGGGACUUUUUUUUUUUUUUUACAGUGCUUGUUUGUUUUGACAAUCGAACAUGAUCUGAAUGAUGGACUACUUGGGUAGUAAUAAUAUACAUGUUCUUGAUUUACAUUUCCAAUAAACCUUUCAUACCUGCA